UUUUUUUGUAGUUUCACCACUUGGGGCGCUGUUGAGCCCUCCCCUGAAUUUGAUUUUUGCAGAAGGAAAUCGUGUUUACAGUUCUAGGCCAAUCAUCCUCUGCUUUCUCUUAGCUAACAGCUUAGCCCCAGUAGCGCCUAAUGAGAGCCAUCAGCUGCUGCACAACAUCCACAGAAUGCCUCGAAGAAAGAAAACCGGCCAAAGCCCCGCCAGGCCAGCAGGUGGGCCACCAGAGGGAAGACGCUUUGGCUAUAACACUGGGGGCGAUCACCUUAUGGCAAAUAACAGCUUCUCACCGAGUUCCACCGAGAAGGAGAGGAUCGUUAAGAGCAUGCAGGAGAUGUUUUCCCACCUGGACCCGGAGGUUAUAUACAUCGUCCUGUCCGAGUGUGACUUUAAAGUUGAAAUUGCCAUGGACUCCCUGCUGGAAUUGCAUGUGGCCGCAGAAGGGGCCGUCCCACCCUCCAUUUCUGGCUUUGAACGCACCGCUGCUGCCUUGUUCUGCUCAGAGGACUCUCCACAGAGCAGACUGAUUGCACAUUCCCCAGGAGAACCCCAACAGCCCAACUUUCCCUCGCUCCAUGACCCGUCAGCAGAAAACCUGGACCUGCUUAUUGAUCAAGAGUUAGAGGCUCUCAGCUCUUGCCAAGAAAAAGAAGAAGGCGGGACCUUGUUAUCACCUGAUGGGGGUCUCUCCUCUUUCCCUUCACUGCCUGCUCCUCAGCAGGCUCUCCCAGAGCUGCUUCAGAGCGGCCUGGAUGCUGGAAGUAGAAUGCACCUCACCAAGCAGCCGCCUCCAGCAGGAGACAUGAGGGAGCAGAUCUCUGGAGCUUCCUCUCCCAUCAACCAGCACAGACUAUGGGGCAACCAGAUUCCAGAAACACAGAGAGAUGUUCUGGAUUUCACACAUCUGUUGGCAGAAACGUCUCCAGAAGAACAGAAACUUUCUUUGGACCUGGGAGCUUCGGGACGUCCCUCAGCCUUUCAGGUGUAUAAAAAACAGGAGACAUUACUCACACAUUCAGAGAGUCCUGCAUCUUCAGGUACAGCUGUCAGCGGCUCCAAAUCUGAAAUGAACUCACUACAUUGCAAUCCACAUAGCCAUGGGUCCUUACCAUGGAACCUGGAGGCACCAGCGUUUUCUCCUCGUAGCCACGGAAACCAAAGUCCAUGCUUCAUCACUCCCGUGGCCUAUUCACCCUCCGUGUGGACUGGCCAGAGCCGACUUCUUUUCUCCCCACCAAGGCAGCAGCAUCCUAAACCUUUUGCUGCUUUUCCACGGCCUUGGGCCCUGCCAGUCCCCCCACGUUUUACCUCCACCUCUAACAAGCUGCAACUGCAAGGGAAGGUGCUUGUGCUGCUUCGUGGUGCUCCAGGAUCCGGCAAGUCAACACUUGCAAGAGCUUUUCUGGAGCAGAACCCAGGAGGAGCCAUACUGAGCACAGAUGACUAUUUCCUUCGCAAUGGAGAGUAUCGGUUUGACCCCACAGUCUUGGGGGAAGCCCAUGAAUGGAACCACAAACGAGCCAAGGAGGCCUUUGAAAGGGGCACCAACCCCAUCAUCAUCGACAACACCAACAUGCAGGGCUGGGAGAUGAAACCCUAUGUGGCUCAGGCCCUGAAACAUGGAUAUAAGGUGCUGUUCAAAGAGCCGGAUACUUGGUGGAAGAACAAACCCAGAGAGCUGGAGAGGCGGACCGCUCAUAAUGUGGUCGUGGAAACAAUCCGCCGCAUGCUGAGUGGAUAUGAACGCUUUGUCACAGUCCAGUCCAUCAUGGGCGCGCUCAUGCCGGAGCGUAAGCAGCACAUUCCUCAGGAGAACAAGCCUUCAGAGCCACAGCCAUCCGCUCCUGACCUUAUCAGUCGGCCUGAAUUAAGAGAGGGAUGCAAGAUGUCUCAGUCGCAGCUGUUUUCUUCGCUCCCCGAUUUAUCGUCUCUGAGUUUCCCAAGUGAGGUCACGGAGUCCGAUCACAACACCAGCAAGUCCACCGAGUCUCUCAACCUCAAACUUUAUGGAAAACCUACCAGGGACACCAACAUUUCUACACAACAUGAGGGUAUUGAUUUGGGAGGACUGGAUGCAGAGUUAGACGUCCAGUUGGAGCAGAACAACCAAAUGUUGGAGCAGAGAAUCCCAGAUUGUAUUGUGGAAUCAGUGAUGAACGAAGAAAAUGCUGAGGAGGAAAUGUCUCUGCCUUUAUCUGAUUCUAUUGCACAAAGAGUGAAGAGGGAACGGCCAAGCAGAAGGUCUGAUUUUGAAGUGGUUAUGAAAGAUGCUAACCAGUCAAAAGAAAAUCCAAAAGCAGAGGCAGCAGGGUGUGAGGACAUUGGGAGGGAUGUUGGAGAGCAGGAGAUGCUUCAUUUUGUUGGAGAUUGGCCUUCUGCGGGGUCUAUGAAGCAGCGACGGGCGAGGAAAAGAGAGGGCCAUGGAGAAACUCGUGCCAAAGCAGAGGAGGAAAAAGCCAAUGGGGAUGAGAGAACAAUCCAUGUCCAGCCGGGUCCAGACGUGACGGAGUUUCAGAAGCUCAUUGAUCUCCUUCAGAAUGGUACUUUUUCAGCUCAGACAGACUCUUCUGACUCCCAGGCUUCUCCUGAGAGGGCUGGAGAGCAGUUUGAGGUGGAGGAUGAGCCAGGCGGUGUGUUUGAGGAACUCUGUGAUUCCAAACCUAACAUUGAAGAGACUCAGCAGAACAUAAGACAGCUUAAUAGCAAAAAACAGGAAUUACCUGACUGCGUGUCAGACAGGAAUGCUGUUGACUGUCUCACCAUCGUAGAACCGAAGACUGAUGAAUCAAAAGAUCUCAAGACUGAGAAUGAAAUAAAUGGCAUCAGUGAAGGGAGUGAUCAAGCAGGCGGUGUUCCCACUGUUCAAGACGAAUGUCGUCCAGGUGUUGGCGUGAAGGUUUGUUCUGAAAACCACAGGGAUGCUGAAGUGGAGAACCAACGCAGCCUCCUCACAGAGGCUCCUCAGAAUCUGGGAUGUGACAGCUUUGUGGAAACGGGAAGUUCCGGAGGGAGUCAGGAAAAAAAGCCACGUCGGAGAUCAGGGAAACUGUGCAAACUAGCGCUGUCCUUCCCUCAAAACAGCCCUGCUUCAUCAUCAAGUGACCCCCACUGUUUAGACUCAACAGUACAGGGCACAGAUGAGGACAAAGCUAGCGGAGAACCUGUUUUGAAUCCUCAAAAUAAAACCUGGCAGGAUGAACCGGUCUCUGACCCGUCUGUCCCUUCUAUUGAUGAAGCGCAACAGCAGUUGCCUAACUCUCCUGGUCCAGUGGUAACGGGCUGCUACAUUCAGACGGAACCUCAAGACUUUGCCCGUCUUUGGCGUUUUAAUCACCAUGGCGAGAGAGAUGAUGCAGUCAUUACAGAUGGACCCCACUGCGGGGAUUUUAAAGUUCUGCUUGGCAACUCCUCACGUUUCGUGCCGGAGCUCUCUUCUGCGGUGUCCGCUGCAGUUGCUGUUCAUCCGUCCGGCCAGACGGAGGUACCCGACCGCGUGGUGCACGAGAAAAGCACACAAGUGGAGGAGAAGGAGCUUGGGGUCACUCAAGACCGGCUCGAGAGCCUACGCAUUCUCAGUCGCCACUUUAAGCUAGUCAGCUUUGACACAUUGGAGGAUCUCUAUGAGAAGUGCCAUCAGGACUUAGAGUGGACCACCAACCUGCUGCUGGACUCUGGAGAGAGGUUCUUUAAGGAUGAGGAUGUGGAGUUGGAGAAAGACUGUGAAGCUGCAAACAAUUCAUCCAGUCUGCAUGGACAUGAGGUUGAGGAAAACCAAGAAUGCACCAAUGAUUUAGAUGAACAACAGCUUGAAGACCAGUUAGAGCAACCUGGAGCUAUGGAAGGUCUUCAGCGAACAACCUGUGAGACCGUCCAUAAACCAGAUGAAACCCCCACUAACAUUAUCGUGGAUGUUUCUGGAGCUCCGUCUGCCUCAGGCACAACUGAGGAUCAGUCAGAUGCAGCAUCAGCCUUAGAAAGCCGUUCGCAUGCAGACGUUUGCCCAGCUAAAGCGCUAAAGAAUUUAGAUCAAAGCCACAUCGCUGAUCUUGAAUCUAUAUUCAAUCCUGACCUGGAGGAUGGAGCUUCAGGAGGGAACUGGGAUCACGCAGAAACAGCUGAUGAGCCCACAGUUCAGACGGAGGAUGAAAUCGCCAACAUGGACGAGAUCAACCGACUGCUGCAGGCAGAGCUGGAGGAGAUGGAGAGGGAGGAGAAGCAAAAACAGCAGACGAGGCGGAGCCAGCAUCUGGAUAUUCAGUCUGUGGAGCUGAAACUACCCACAGAGCUGGCGCUGCAGUUAACCGAGCUGUUCGGACCUGUUGGAGUGGAGCCAGGUACCUGCUUAGACGAUGACUUCACCGUGCAGAUUGAUCUAAAUUUGGCUAAACAGCUCCAUCAAAAGUGGAAGGAAACCAUCCAGAUAAAGCAAAGACAAGCAAAUAUUUCUUUCCAAUUGCUUCAGCAAGACUCAGCUUUUUGGGGUCAUUCCCAAGGCACCAAGCAGGGGCCACAUGCCUACGCUCAUCCAGCUAACUUCCUGACGAGCAGAGAUGGUUCCCUGUCCGCUGUGAAGCAGCCGGAGACGGCAGUCCACUGGAAUGUUCCCCAUCCACCGGUCUCUCUCAGAGAUAUUAUGAAAGAGGAGCAAGCUUUGGAGAACGUGCAGAAGAGCAGACAAAGUCGCAUAGACCUCGAUCGGCGAGACGGAGCCACCAUGUUGAAAGAGAAGCAGCUUUAUUCCAUGUUCCCCACUAUCGACCGUCGUUUUCUCCAAGACAUCUUUAAAGAACACAAUCACAGCUUGUCACAGACGGAGCUGUUCCUUCGUUCUCUGCUAAACGAGGAACCCGUGAAGACAGUUUUUGCUCCAGAAGUUCCUCCGGCCGACCAUCACAGAGCAGCCAGCAAGGAAAGAGAAAAGAGACAGAAAACUCUGGAAUUGGCUGCAUCCGACUAUCAGGACACCCAGGACCCAGAAUACGAGGACUUCAGGGCGGAGGCCAGCCUUCAGAGGAGUCGACAGCUGGAGAGCUUUGCGAAGGCGGCGGAAGCCUUCAAGCAGGGGCGCAGACAAGUGGCUUCAUUCUACGCCCAGCAGGGACAUCUGCAUGGCCAGAGAAUGCGCGAGGCCAAUCAUCGUGCAGCAGUUCAUAUUUUUGAGAAGGUCAACGCAUCACUUCUUCCCAGAAACAUCCUGGACCUCCACGGGCUGCAUGUAAAUGAGGCCUUGGAGCAUCUUACUCAGACCUUACAGGACAAAACCGCAGAGUGUGCACAGGGUUUGUGUCAACCUCAGCUCUCUGUCAUCACAGGAAGAGGGAACCACAGCCAGGGGGGAGUGGCCCGCAUCCGCCCCGCUGUCAUCGACUACCUCACUAACAAACACUACAGGUUCACCGAGCCAAAGCCAGGUCUCAUCUUGGUGUCUUUGAAGUGAGAAGACCUUUUUUUUUUGUUUUUUUGCUGCUUUAGAGGACAGUUUUCUGCUUCUUUAGCACAAGAAAGAAAUACAUGUGAGGAGCAUAUAAACACUGCAAACCAGUUGAAGUAUUUAUUUCUACCUUUUUCAUCUUCAGUUAAAGCUACAAGAUGAGAUGGACUGCAUUCAUAUAAAAAAUGUUUAUUUCUGCAUCUGUAAAACAAAAAUAUAUUUUUAUUGUUAAAAUGAUUUUAUAGUUGAUAAUUGUCUUAGAAUAAACACACCCUGGAUUUAGCAAACUCCAUGUUGGAGAAGUAAUUUUAUCCUGCAGUAUUUUCUAACUUGGAGUAACCUUUAGGACACGAUGUAUUAUUUUUAUGACGCCUCUCUGAACUGCAAAAUAUAUAUGUAAUAUGAGUGUUUUUGAUGCAAAUUCUAAACUAUUAUAAAGACCUGGAAGAAGAAAACUUCUCUUUUCUUCACAACUUCACCAAUAAUUGAAGACCACCGAGCAGAAGUCGCACAACCGGAUUCAAUAGACUUGGACCUUUGACUUCUUCAUCAGUUCCUCUUCUUUGAUAUCAUCACAAAUGCUCUGCAAUAUUUCAAAACUUUACUUUUGAAUAUGUUCAAGCAAGAAUAACCAGAAAAAAAAAACAAGUCACAAUUUUAGUUCAACUUUCUUCUAUUUCAACUUUUGCUGGCUCUUUGUUUCCUAUAACAGCUUGUGCCAAAUGCCGUAGCAGUUAGCUUUAUAAUGUGGCUACAAAACUGUAAAACUCAACUCUUUUUUUUCUUGCCUUUUUAAAAGAAUUUCUUAAAUUUACAUUUUUUAAUUUAACAAAUGUUUCGAGCUCAUGAAACAUUUUAUUUUUCAAUGCUUUUGGUUUGUAAGAUUUUAUGGAGGACCUAUACUGUGUAAUAAAGUCUAUUUAUGUAAAACA